AUGAACACCACCAGCAUUACCACUACAGCCAGCAAUGCCACCUUCACUAGCUGUGGCAAUGACUUAAGCUCAGAUGGGAUGUUUCUCCCUGUUCUGUACGGCUUUGUCUUCUGCAUUGGACUGCCUCUCAGCUGCCUUGGCAUUUACGGCCUGUACUGGCUGGUGAAGAAUGAGAACAUCCUGCCUAUCUUCAUUAUGAACCUGCUCUUAUCAGACAUCCUCCAGAUCUCCAUGCUCCCGCUUUGGAUUGACUACUACAGUCAGGGACACAAGUGGCGCUUUGGGAAGACCUCUUGCAUCUUCACCGGCACCCUCUUCUACGUCAGCAUGUUUGCCAGCAUUGGAUUCCUGUGCUGCAUUGCCUUGGAGCGAUACUUGGCUGUUUCGCACCCCAUGUGGUUCCAGAAUUCCAAAAGGCUCAAGUACACUGCAAUGCUUUGUGUUGGCUUGUGGAUCACUUUCACGUUCCCUGCGCUGGUAUAUUUAAACUUCACCAAGGACUAUUCAAACAGCUACCUGUGUUUUGAAGAUGAUUACCCAGAUAAGAGAUUGGCCAUGUUUAACUUGAUUACCACGGCGAUGACCUUUAUCCCGGCACUGCUCCUCCUUGUUGUUCUCUACACUGCCACUAGGAGGAGCAUCACCAAAGCAGUGUCCAUUCCAGACAAUGAGAAGAAAAGGAUCAACCUCUUGUUAGCCCUAGUCUUGCUGAUAUUCAUUCUGGUAUUUGGGCCCUACCACAUUAUAUGCUAUGUUAAAAAUGUCCUAGUGAUCUUUCAAGAGGAUGUCUGCCAUUUUGAAUCCAAAAUCUUUAUCUAUUUACAAAUUGCAAAAGGACUUCUGAGCCUGAACAGCCUCCUGGAUUCCAUAUUAUAUAUAUUUGUUUGCAAAAAUGUGAGGAAGGAGAUGCUGGAAUCUUUUCAGAGGAUUGUCAGUUUAAUCGAUCACCAGGAGACACUACAAGCUCACCAGACAGCAGUGUGA